AUGGCGGCAGUCAAGCGCUUCUUCAGCUCCCCUCGCUUCGCCGUGGCGGGUGCCAGCAACGACACUCACAAGUUCGGCUACAAGAUCCUCGCCUGGUAUCAUCAGCACUCACUGCCGGUGACACCACUUAACCCCCGAGCAGCGCAGAUCACCCUGCCCUCGCGUGCUUACGAUACGGUCCCCUCCCCGGUCGCUUUGCCAUCCCCCAAGCAGACUUCCCUGUCAGUCGUGACUCCACCGGCAGUAACCCUUCAGGUUCUGCAAGAAGCACAUUCAGUGGGGAUUCCUGCCGUCUGGCUGCAGCCGGGUACUUUUGACGAUGCCGUGCUGGAGUUUGCUCACAGUCACUUUGAGGCGGUGAUCGCUGGCGAUGGCGGACAAGGGGGCGAGGGAUGGUGUGUCCUGGUGGACGGUGACGAGGGACUGGAAGCUGCUGGGGUUCAAUGGACCAGUCAGAGACUGACUUCUGCUUUUGUUUAUUUCCUUUCCUCUCUAAUCUCCCUUCCAUCCAAUAUGCAUGCCAUAUUCAAAGCCCCGGCGAAGCUCGACCUCUCAAAUGCGUCGCAACUGUUCCAGGUCCCCACGGCCUCCGAAUCGCUGUACUCUCUUUCAGUCCCUCGCAAACGACCUCGUCGGAAUACCGAAAAGCUGUCGUCUCAGUUUGACGAUUUCACUCCAAUGAUCCCGGGCUGCCGAGCUACGAGCGGCGGUAACGACUUCACAUCCGCCGAGUUGGACUACCGUCCCAACCGAUACCGCGAAUCGUUCCUCCCACCGUCCUUCGACUCCGACGACGACUCAAACACAGCUGAUAUUGGAAGUCGCAAACGCACUCGUCGCGACUCUUGCAUCGUGUCUCCAAGCGCGGACGGUCCUAGCCUCUCUACCCCGACAGGAUGGGGUCGAUCGGUGAUUAAGGCUGUGGGCAAAGUCCUCGAUCUGUGUUGGACGGGGGCAUUCCGCGGGUUCUAUGCUGGCGGUGGACAGGGCUAUGACAUGCCUGCAGCAUCAGCGACUUGCGAGCCAAGCUGGCAGUCACCAACCAUCCCAUCCGAGAAAGAGACCUACGCCAACACAUACUGCUCGACUCCUGUGCCCGGCCAAUAUCCCGAUGAAGAGGUCGAUCGGACCUGGGUGGUGGUUUCUCCCCAACCCUCCGAUCCAUUCGUCGGCAACGACUUGCCAAGCCCAUCACUGCGGUCUCGACGAGCUUACCAGGCCUCCAGUCCCCGCCGACGAUCAGCCGUCAUGCCCCGACAUGCGAAGAAGUUGUCCUUCUCCGGUGCGCGCUCGCCCACCAAGAGUCAGGAAUUGUCUUCUCCCAUGUCGGCAGAUAUGCAAAAGCAGGCCGCCAAGAUGCGUCGCAAGGAACGGGAAGAGGAUGCCAGUAUCCAACGCUUGAAUAAACAGCUGCAAGCGAUGAUUCGGGAGGGGAAAGAGGCAUUGGGAACCACUGUGGAAGUGGACGAUUAUGACAUGUACGACUCCGACUAG